AUGUCGGUUUUGGGGAGAGAGCCGACCUGUUCCCUUCCCCCAACCGCGAACGCGAUCGCCCUUCUUCUCUCUUCCACUCCCUCAGUACAAGAUGUCCAGCCCGCAGUUCUCCAUCAACUCCUCGACUUUGCGCAUCGCUAUACAGCUCACGUGCUCACCGAUGCCAACGUAUAUGCUGAAUACGCUGGAAGAACUGGAAAAAUAGAAAUGGACGACGUGAUUCUGGCCGUGCAAGCCCGUGUUGGCUGGGAAUUCGGCGGGAGGGUUCCGAAAGAGACGAUCCUUUCACUCGCGACUGAAGUAAACGCGCAACCGCUUCCUGCUGUCCCCGAAGUGUUUGGUGUACGGAUGCCUCCAGCUGCAGACUGUCUAACGUCUAUCGACUUUGACCUCAUCCCGAAUCGACCACCUCCUGGUGUCAAAUUAUACGAAGAAGUAGAGGAAUCUGAGUCUGAGUCUGAAUCUGACGACGAGAUGGAACCAGCACCAAUACCUCAACAAACACAACCUCCGCCCGCUCCCGUACCAUCUGAGCCCAUUGCUGACGAGACGCCGUUUCCAAUCAGCGCGAUUAACACUUCUGUUGGUCCGCAAAUCGGUUCACAGGCUCCUGCCCCCGACCAAGGCAGCGAUGCAGAAGAGGAGGACGAUGGACUAUUUGGAGGUGGCGAGGACGACGAUGACAGUGACGCAAUGGAAGAAGUGCAGACUUCACUUGGUCAAGCAAAUGGGGUCAAACGAAAAUUGGAGGAAGACGACGAUUACGAUUAA